AUGACAAAUGACAGGAAAAAAGUGUUGGGGAAAAUCUUGUCACUACUCAAGUCUGGUCCACAAGGUGUUAUAUUCAUACUUCAAAAGACUAAAGAGCAACGUACAGUUGAAGAAGAGCUGUCACAUCACCAUGUUCAGUGGCAUUUUAUACCGCCCUCAGCACCCCACUUUGGUGGUUUGUGGGAGGCUGCUGUCAAGUCGACAAAAAAACAUUUGUUAAAAAUUAACACUAUGGGUCUUCUUACCUUUGAGGAAAUGAGCACCAUGUUAUGUAGAGUAGAAGCUGUGCUAAACUCGCGCCCUAUAUCACCCAUGUCUGAUGAUCCAUCAGAUUUUACUGCAUUGACCCCCGGUCACUUUCUGGUAGGAGGUGUUCUUACAUUACCUGCUGAACCUGACGGUACAGGCAUACCAUUGAAUCGCCUAAAGCGAUUAGAACUUGUAAGGGUACAAGCUCAGACAUUUUGGAAGCGUUGGAGUUCUGAAUACUUACCACAACUCCAUAAGAGAGGUUGCUGGCUGUCCAAAAAAGACAACAUUGAAGUCGGAUCCCUUGCAAUCUUAAAGGAGGACAAUUUGCCACCAAUGAAAUGGAUUAUGGUCAGAGUCACUCAAGUUCAUCCUGGGUCAGAUGGAAUGGUGCGUGUUGUAACUGUACGUAACUCAGCGGGAAGAGAAUUUCAGCGUCCAACUGCUAAGCUUGCUGUUCUACCCCACGCUAAGGAUGAAGAGGAGCCAGUCUAA